UUGUGGCUCUCAAGCAGUCAAAGCAAUUACCAUGUAGAAAACCAGGCAGCUUAGCUUCGCUAAAUGCCUCCCAAAAUCAGGAAACUCUCAAAGUUUCUCUGGGGAUUUACAAUCACUUCUUACUCAUCUGAUUCCAUGAUUUCAUCUAUAGCCCUUCUUCGGAAUCCAUUCCUCAUCCUCGUAAGUAGUUUCUUGAUCCUUGCAGCAGCUCAAGGUGCUUCCAGCAAUGUAAUUGCGGGCGAAUUUCUCACUGCCAAUGAUCAAAACAGUACAUGGCAAUCCCCAUCCGGAGAUUUUGAAUUUGGGUUUCGCCGUGCUCCUGACCAACAAGAUCGAUUCCUCCUUGCUAUCUGGUUCGCCAAGAUACCCCAAAAAACAAUAGUUUGGUCUGCAAAUGGAGACAACCUUGUAGAGAUAGAAUCCAAAGUUGAGCUUACCUCCAAUGGUCUAGUGCUCACAGCUCCUUCUGGCAGGGAGGUUUGGUCGACUAACAGCUCCCAAGAUGGCACUGGAGGAGUAUCCCAUGCAGCCAUGUUGGAUACUGGAAAUUUCGUCAUCACAGGCGGGAAUUCAGGCAACAUAUGGGAGAGUUUCCAAUAUCCAACAGACACCAUAUUGCCAGGACAAGAACUAGGCCUAAGCAGCACUCUUUCAUCAGCCUUCUCUGCAACAAGCUACAAGAAGGGGAAAUUUCAACUCCGUUUCACUCCCGAAGCUCUAGUACUCAAUCAAAUAGAUGUCGUUACCGAAAAGCCUUUCCAAUUUUACUUAAACAUCACAGAUGGUUCGGGACUGAUCUUCAACGAAUCCGGGUAUAUCCUGAUCAGGAAAUCAAGUGGAAGUUUUGUCCAGCUUGCGCCAGAAAAAACAAUCCCAAAACAGGACUCAUACUACAGGGCAACACUUGGUUUUGAUGGAGUUUUCACCCUGUAUUCUCACUCUAAGUAUAUGACCUCCUAUGGAGAUGCAACCUGGGCAUCCUGGUGGUAUAGACCUAAGGAUAUCUGCUUCAGCUUUGUGAGUCAAGAUCCACUGGGAAGUGGACCUUGUGGGUACAACAGCAUCUGUCAACCUAACCAGGAUGGGAGGGCGACAUGUUCGUGCCCACGCGGAUUUUCUAGCCUGGAUGCUAAGAAUCCACUUUUUGGAUGCAAGCCCAACUACCAAAGCAAGCCAGAAGACUGUAACGAGGAAGGCUCUAUUAUUGGGGAGGAUCGUUUUGAGUUCAAUACAAUGCAAUUUACAGAUUGGCCCUUUGGUGACUACGAACUCCUGCAACCUGUAAGUGACACAGAAUGCAGAAGGGCUUGCCUUAUUGACUGUAAUUGUGCAGUAGCCAUCCUGCAGCCUCCGGAGUUGAACAAUGGCACCGGACGCUGCUGGAUGAAGAAACUACCGCUUUCAAAUGGGCGGUUCAAUCAAGAACAAAUUGACAGAAAGGUAUUUAUCAAGGUACUGAAAUCAGACGAAAAACCGCAGAGUCAAGUCAUUCUCAUUCUGUCGGUCCUCUUAGGCACAUCAGCAUUUUUCAACAUUUUUACUUUGGCUGUGAUUUCCCUUUUUCUGUUCUGUUUCUAUCGAAGAAAGCUUAAGGAUCUCAACAGUAUCCACAGGAAAGGAGAGAUUGAGACGAAUCUGCGUUGCUUCACAUACAAAGAACUCGAAGAUGCCACAAAAGGAUUCAAGGAAGAACUGGGGAAGGGUGCCUUUGGAACUGUUUAUAAAGGAGAACUGUCCAGGAAUUAUGUUGCCGUGAAGAAACUAGACAAGUUUUUUCAGGAAGGGGAGAAGGAGUUCAAGGCGGAAGGUGGAGAUGCUGGUGAAGGUGGCAAUGUGGUGUGUGCAAGAUGAGCCGUCACAAAGGCCUAAAAUGAGAACGGUUACCAUGAUGCUUGAAGGUGCUCUCUUGGUCCCUGCUCCUCCAUGUCCUUUCCUAUAUAGUGUCAAGAGUCAAGAUUCAUCCAACAUGUGACUCCCAAAUAAAGGUAGUUCCUUUAUCAGUAUAUACCUACAUGUGACUCCCAAAUAAAGGUAGCACUUCUGGCUUUUUCAGCUUUUCAUGCUCUUGCUCAGCAAAACUGUUGAUGCUCAAGGGUAGAAUGGC